AUGCGACGGCUCCUUGAGAUAAUCGCACAAGGGCGCGCUCGCGAUCGAAAAAGUCAUCCUAGUCCCCGGCGUAUUCGCAAUGAGGCAGAGACCGGAUUGAAGAUAAUUUACAAAGGCACGGACUGUUCUGUUGAUAUCGUGGCCAUCCACGGCGAUGGUGGUCAUUACAUAGACUCAUGGACACAUCCCGACGGUCAAAUAUUUUGGCUGCGAGAUUUGCUUCCGGGUAUCAUUCCUCAGUCGAGGGUUCUUUCCUUUGGAUACUCGGCGUCAAAAUCGGAAUUCGUACCGGCUGAAGAGAUUUGUCGGGGGUUGUUGAAAGGGAUCUCGGAAGUAAGGCAAGAUCCGUCAAUUGCUAGGCAGAGGCCUAUCAUCUUUCUGGCGCAUAGCUUUGGGGUUCUCUUACUGAAAGCGACUCUUGCAAUGUCAUCUUCGGAAUUUAACAGCAUAAUACCCUCAACUCGCGGUAUAAUAUUCUUUGGAUCGCCUCCAAAUAUUGGCCAUAGUCUUCAAACUCUUAUGUCCUCGUUUCCCUUAACUACAGACGUGAUGUCAGAGCCUGCUGCUGGCUUGACUGCCAUGAAGGAGGACUUGACAUGGCUGCAAGAUGCAGAGUCUCGCUAUAAUGAGUUGGAGAAGAAAGGAGAGUUUGAAGUGACUUAUUUUCUUGAAAGUUCUGGCGAGCGACACGAAGCCCCCGAGGCUGAGCAAAAGAAGUAUACACGGAUGCGAAAGAGUCAUGGAAUGAUGAUUAGAUUUUCUGGUGCUGAUGAUGAGGAUUUUUAUCUGGUGAAGGAGCGCAUUCAACAGAUGGUGACAAAUGAAAAUCUGGCUUAG